CGCUGCUGGCCACACCCGUCAAGGACGCUGCUGCCACACCCGUCAAGGACGCUGCUGGCACACCCGUCAAGGACGCUGCUGGCACACCCGUCAAGGACGCUGCUGGCACACCCGUCAAGGACGCUGCUCCCACACCUAUAGAAGACACACCCAUCAAGGACACACCUAUCGAAGGUGUAAAAGCACGUGAUGAUGCACCAUACACCAAAGGGGAGGUUAUAGCUGAAUCCACUGCCAUUAUUGCUGAAACAACUGUUGGCAAGUUUGCAAUAACUGCAGACAAGAACAAAACCAAAUUAGAUAAAUCAGGACUGACUCCUGAAAAACUACCUCCCAAACCUGCUGAUUCAGAUGCUGAUGCUGCCCCGGCCAUGACUGCAGCUCCAGCCACCAGCACCACCACAGUCAAAGCCCCAGAGCCUGCCAAGCCCAUCCUGGAGAAACCAAGCCCUGCCUCCAACACCAAGCUCGUCGGCCCCAUGGACGCAACAGAGGAUGAGCAAGAGAGCGAUCUAGUGCCUGUCAACACCCUGGAGUCCCAGACCGAGACAGACAUGUACGGCAGAGAAAAUGAGGAAGAAGGUGGUGAAGAUGACUAUGAUAAGGUCCCUCUGGACCAGAACCAGAACUUUGGCAGCCAAGACCUCAACGAGGAGAACGACGACGGCAUGGUGGACGCCGACGAUGACCAGGUGGUGCUCAGCCCAGCAAAGAGUGCUGGGAAGAUAGACGUACGUAUGAAGGACACCAACAUCUACACCACCCAGGACGAGGACUCCCACUUCUUCUUCCACCUGGUCAUCCUGGCCUUCCUGGUGGCCAUUGUAUACAUCACCUACCACAACAAGAGGAAGAUCUUCCUGCUAGCCCAGAGUCGGCGCUGGAGGGACGGCCUGUGUUCUCGCAACAACGUGGAGUAUCAUCGGCUGGACCAGAAUGUCAACGAGGCCAUGCCCUCCCUCAAGAUGACUCAAGAUUACAUCUUCUGAGCAGAGAAGGAAGUUGAAAGAACUAAAACGAGCCUUUUCCCAGCUGCAUUGUUGAAACGCUUGCUUGCCCACAAGCUUGCCCCACUUUUUCUUGCUUCAGGAAAAACCUGGGCAGGAGGGAGUUUGAUGGUAUGACCACUCUGUAAUCGAUACACGUUUUCAAUGUUUGCCCACGUAUGCUGGAAAUAUUAUUUUCUGUUUUGUUAACCAUAGUCCUGGGUUUUGAAAUUAAUUAUGAUUUUAGUAUUUGAUUUAUUUGGGUGGCCUAUACUUGUCUGUAUGAAAUACGUUCUCACCAUGUUUAAGCCUUACUAUCAUUCUACACUUAUUGUUUUGCACACUUAAGUGUUUGUGCUGAUUACACACUUAGAAAAUUGGAAUGUAAAUAGUGUCAAUCAAUACCAAGAUUAAUAACCAAUAAUAGUGUACUUUACUUGCUAGUCACUAAUCUGCCCUGUAAUGAAUGAAGGCUAUUUGUAGUGGUUCGCCUCAAAGCCCUCAAUCCACAAAGCAUUGCAGUACAAAGCAUUUGCAGUUGUAAAAGUGAAUAUUGUACGUAUGUAGCGUACUACACAAUAUACAUUUAUGUUCAGAACUUGUGGUUAUUUCUUACGCUAAAUCCGUUAGACAAGUGAGGACUUUUGACAUGACAGAGCCCACCACAUUGUGAUAUGGUGGCAGUAAUUCCCUUGCUUGAAAUUGUAUUUUUCCAUAAUCCGGCAUUUGACUGGUUUUCUUAUUAACACGUUGGCCAGAUUGUGCUAUGCACUAA